GGAGACAGACAGGACGGAUCACAAGUUUCAAGACAAGAGCUUCCAAACUUGUCAUCUCUCUGUGACACAAGCCGUGUACAACCCAGGGGAUAAAACCGCCACUUAGCCCACACGAGAGCUAGAGCUUGUUGAGUGCGGUUGGAGGCUCAAGUGAAGUCAUGGAUUCUGUAGUUCUCCAGCUGUGGGCUGUCCUCUGUGUCUUGGUUCACUUUGCCGCUUGCAGUCCCAUCCUGAGCUUGGAGCACUCUUCCUUGGAGGAAGACGUGCCUCUUUUCGACGAGAUUCUCUCCGAGCAGGAUGGUGUUGAUUUCAACACGCUGCUUCAGAAUAUGAAAAAUGAGUUUUUGAAGACGUUGAACCUGUCUGACAUUCCCCUGCACGAAACGGCCAAGGUGGAUCCACCAGAGUACAUGCUAGAGCUGUACAACAGAUUUGCCACUGAUAGGACAUCUAUGCCAUCCGCAAAUAUUAUUAGGAGCUUCAAAAAUGAAGACUUGGCUUCCCACCCCAUUGGUGUUACAGGAAUUCGGAAAUACCCUCUUCUGUUCAAUGUUUCCAUCCCUCACCAUGAAGAAAUCACCAUGGCAGAGCUGAGGCUCUACACCUUGGUGGAGCGGGACCAAAUGCUCUAUGAUGGGCUUGACCGGAAGGUCACCAUUUUUGAAGUGCUGGAAAAUGACCACAUGGGGCUAGGAGACGAGAGAAAGACAGUGGCACUGGCAUCCAGGCAGAUCUAUGGCACGAGCAGCGAGUGGGAGAGCUUCGAGGUCACGGAAGCCAUCAGGCGUUGGCGAAGGGCAGGGCUGACCACGCAUCGGCUGGAAGUUCAUAUAGAGAGCAGGGAAGGGGAGGAGCAGAAUGGAGAGGGGAAAAUCGAUAUCGACAUCAACUCUGAGGCGAAGCAUGUGCCCCUGUUGAUUGUGUUCUCUGAUGACCAAAGCAAUGACAAAAAAGAGGAGAAGCAAGAGCUGAAUGAAAUGAUUGAUCAUGAGCAGCUCGUGGACUUGGAGAACCUGGAGGUUGGCAAUUUCCACAGCCAGCCUGGUGAGGAGGCGUUGCUCCAGAUGCGCUCCAACAUCAUUUAUGACUCUACUGCCCGAAUCCGGAGGAACGCAAAGGGCAACUACUGUAAAAAGACUCCACUCUACAUAGAUUUCAAGGAGAUUGGCUGGGAUUCCUGGAUCAUCGCCCCAGCGGGAUACGAAGCUUAUGAGUGCCACGGAGUAUGCGCCUACCCCUUAACAGAGCACGUCACACCAACGAAACAUGCCAUUGUCCAGACGUUGGUUCACCUGAAGAAUCCUCAGAAAGCUUCCAAGGCCUGCUGCGUUCCCACCAAACUUGAUCCCAUCUCUAUUCUCUACUUAGAUGCAGGGGUGGUCACCUACAAGUUCAAAUAUGAAGGCAUGGUGGUAUCCGAGUGUGGCUGCAGAUAGUAGUAGGGAACGCAUGCACGGGGGAGGGCACAGGGGAAGUAUUUAAUGAUUCAGUCUGUAAAUUUGUACAUUUCGGAUUUCCUAUUUAAUAAGGUUAUUUAAUGAGGCAUGUACAGAUAAUUGUAUGUUUCCUGUUAUGGGGAGUGGGCAAGUCGUACGACUGUAGGGAAUGUAUAUUUUGUUCCAUUGCUUGCUUCUUGCUGUUCUUUGCUGUCCAAAUUAUGACCGAGUCUCUCUUCCUGUCAGGGCAUAGAGCAGAUCACUGGAUCGUUUGGGAGGGCUCUUUGUGCCAAAGGGGCACAUUCAAAUUCACAGAAAUAAAGGCAUAUUUUUGUACUUUAUAAAUGUUGAUUGGCAUCUGUAGGGAUUUCCAGAGCUAUUAAAGAUAGGUGAACUAUGGGCAAUACACACCUAGAUUGUUUAGUUUUGUGUAAAAUCUUUAUAAAGAUCCUUACAUGCUCAGAUUAUUUUUUUGAAAUUUAUCUCUGUAGAUCUGAAGUCCCAAUAAUUCUCAAGCUCCUAAAUCACUAAGACACAGCAAGGUGUUAAACUUUUUUUCCUUUUUUCUUAAUUCUUCCUUUAAUCUUUCCCUGUCUCAGUUAACUGGCAGGGGCGAUUUGGCAUCUGGCGCGGAAGGGAACCAUUCCCUUUCCCAUCCUUCUUAGUAAAGCAGUGGCCCCAGGAGCAGUGCCAGGCACGUUCAGUGCUCUCACAUGCAAUGGCAAGAAAUUCCCCCUGUGCAUGUUUAUUACAAAAGCACCCUGUGUAGAGCAGCGCUGGCUUUGUCGCAUUAGCCAUGUGUUGUCUCUCAAGGGCCAAAGCUUUAUGUGGCAGAAAGAAGUGCAGGAAAUUUCCUGAAUCCUUGAAAUUGUACCAGUUUAUACCAGCUAAGAAACUAGUCCCUCUACCCAGUCCAGUAAAUUACAUACAGUACAGCUACAUAAACCAAUUCCAGUGGCCAAGUAGUAUUGCAUUUAGUCUGCAGAGAGCUAGACAGAAAAGGAAACACCUUUGUGCCAGCUAGAUAGAGAGGAUCUUUCCUUUAUGUAUGGGCUGAAGUUGUCAAUUCAUAAAGGUAUUGCCCCCCCCCCCCCCCCCAAACUGUAUAUGGUGGAGUCACAUGCCAUGUUUCCGCCACUCUUCUGCAACAAAUCGUGGUGAUAAGAAGGUGUCAGAGCUGAGAAACAAUAGACCCGUCACUUUAUUUAUACUAAGCUGCAAAUUUGUCAGAUUCUUGGGAAAGUGUAAGUGACGUUGACUCUUUUAGCCUGUACCAGAGCCUACUGUACUGUCCCUGCAUGUGUUUUACACUUUUAAGGGUAAGUUAUCUUCCUUGGAAGUGAUAAGGGUCUUUGAAAGAAUCACUCUAACACUUUGUGGGAAUGGACACAAAAGACUUCAUCACGCACUAACUAAACCCAGUUUCACCUAUUUUCACACAUACUCUUCUGCCUUUCCCAUAAUUUAUUGACCUAUUUAUUGACCUGCCUUUGUAAGAUAAUGUAGAAUACAGAAUGUUUUAUUUUUGUGCUUGUGUGUAAUCCCACUUGGAUAAAACCUUGUACCCAUCCUAUUCUACAUGGAAUCUCUCUGUUGAGUUGUGCUGUGCAGAGAUUGGUGUUGCUGAUUUUUUUCCCCUCCUAGAUGUCUGUAAAUACUAUAUACCACAGUUACCAUCCUUGCUUGCAGGACUGUUCAGUCACUGGAGUGAUUUAAAUAGCAUUCUGGAGCUCGUACGGUCUUGUCCAACGUAUAACUACUCUUGCAGGGGUAUCGUUGCUUUAAGUGGUCAGCUGCGUAGUUUAUUGUAGAGUUGUGCAGUCUCCACUCGUGCUGUGUGUUUCCAGAUAGUGGGCUGUGCCAUGCGGCUGUACUGCUUUCUGCCUGCUACAGAUUGCACCCUGUGAGUGACUGACACCGCUCCCAGACCUUUCCCCUGAGCUACACUGCAAUCUUAGUCUGUGGUUAAUGGCACAUUAAAAGAAUUCAUAAGAGGUGUGAUAUUUCGCUCUGCUGACAUGAACUGCAGCAGCCAACGGUUGAAGUGUGACCACAUAGAUCCUUUCAAAACUAUCCACAAUUCUUAUGAAGCCAUUUGCCAAGACAAACCAUUCACCUUGUUAGGAGUGAUAAUCCAGCAUUAGGGAGAUAAUCCGACAUUUGCUUUUAUCAUCUCUUUUCUGCGACUGUUCCUGUGGCAGUGAUCUGACCAGCGGGCUUUUUGCACCACUGUCCUUUACUGAACAGUAGCAACAUUUCUGAACAGUGUGCAGGGCGACCUGUGCCUUAAAAUUCAUAAGUAACCCACUGCAAUCACUCAUAAUCACUAUAAAUUUACAAGUGACCAUGUAGCAAAGCAGAAUGGCUUCCCUUACACUCUGUUAUUGCCAGAGAUUUGUUGUAACAUAGUACAAUGUGAAUGUGGGUGGGCAUGUAAUUUUAUCAGUUAGUAAACCUGCAUGUGUGAGUUUUAACAAGAUCAGUAAAAAUAUCAAUGAUAGCUUUUUAGAAUUAGGGGCCAGUGAGUCUUUUUAUAUUGUUAACUUUUCUUUAUAAAGGAACAAGGAGUGUACUGCUGAUUGAAGAGGAUUUCAGCCAGAGUUUGUGGUGAAAGACCGUAAAACAUGAGAUGUAUCCCACUGUGCUGUUUUGGGAGAAAACUGGGCAUCUCUUGAAUCCUUCAGCUGCACCUAUGCUGUUCGUAACCUGAGAUCAGAACUACUGAGAAUGGUUAUUUCAUUUAUUAAUGUGUGUCUGUUAGGACUGCAUGCCUGCUUUAUGAGCAAAACCUUACCUUACUUUUACCUUACCUUUGAACAUAAUUGUGCAAAGACAUUUGCUGGAUGUUCAUGCAGUUAGAUGGCAGAGAUCAGGGAAAACAGCAUCCCAAAAAAUGGGACAGUUAUUUUUUAAAGAGUUUUCCCUAAGUAGCAAAUUAAGGUUGCUUCUGCAAAUUUGGAAGUACUUGGCUUAAAAUACACCUGUCCAUAUAGAUAUGACAUUUAUUAUUAUUACAAAUAAUGUGGUGAGUGCAUGACAAGAGCUAUGUGUUACUGGUGCUACCAAGCUGUAAGAGCUGCUAAUGUCAUAAGAAGUCCCUGAAAAAAUAUUCCACUGCAUGUUUUCAUUUUCUAUUUCUUUACUCCUGUCUUCCUUCUUUCUUCCUUCUAUCCAUCCACAUUAGUACUGUGAUUUCUUCUGUUUCUAAAAAUUUAUUUUUCACAUUAAAUAGUAGUGUGCAUUGAUUUUCCUUUAAUUUCUGAUCUAUUUUAUAUCAACAUGCUAGCAGAUGCUUGACUUAAAAGUGCAAACCAAUUUUAGAAAGUUUUGGGAAAAUAUGUCUUCAGUAUGGAAGUAUCUAUCUUUCUAUCCAUCCAUCCAUCUAUGAAUUAUUGCAUAUAACUAAAGGAGGCAGCAACACUGUCUCACCAAAAUCAUCAAUAUCUGUUGGAUUUUUGCUUUCAUCUGUUUCUAAUUGAAUAUGUAUAAGAAAGCGUAAGCAGAUAUGAAGCCCCUUCUUUGGCUGGACGCUGUAUAGAAUGCCAGGCGGUGCGUGCAGUCUAAAUAGACAGGACAGGCAAAGGGGUGGGAGGAGAAACAAGCAAGAGAGACAGAGAGAGGAAAAGCCUGGAUAACCUAUCAGCAAGGGAGUUGAGGGAAGAGCUUUGGUCUUGGAUUGCUGCUCUUAAAUCAACACACAUGAUGCCUCCAGAAGAGCAUGAACUUAAAAGAUAUCUUACUCAUUUCUUGGCCUUUGAAGAAAUCAUGGUAACUGUGUCUCCUGUGCAAACACUCAGCACCGAUGCCAGAUUUCACGAAGCACUUGAAAGUUUGAGGUUCCCUUAAAUGAUUCAUAUCUCUUAGCUCUCUGCAUGUGGACUAAAAUUCCUCAAAUAGAUUUCUUCCCAAAGCUUUCUGGCAUUAUCCCUUGAGUGUGAUCCCUGGAGUCCAGCUCACUGUGAUUCCCUGCAUAGCUCAUUGAAGAUAACAGAUUCCUGGCUUUUUGAGCAUUAAAGCUUGACAGCUCAGCAUGGUUUUCCUGCCCCCGCUGCCCCCGCCCUGCCAGCCCCUUGCCCUGGGGAGAUGGGUAGUUUGGGGCGGUCUGUGGAGCCUGGGGAGGAGGGGGGAGCCCCACACUGUUCUGGCAGGAAAGCAGGGCACUCCCUCGCCCUAGCAGUAAGUGCCUGGUGAUGGCUCAUGGUGUUCCCAUUUGGAGGUUCCCAAGUGUCACUCUCAGGUUAAAAAGACUAUUCCUGAAUAUUGUGGACACAUACCUCUUUCCAAAGCCAGUGGGCCCCACCACGUGAGCAGCAAUUCCCGAGCUAAAGACAUGGGGAUCAGCUUCCCCAAAACUGAGGUAACUUAAGAAAAAUCAUCUCCCAAAGCAACCACCAUCCAAAGUAGCAACCAGAACCUUCUCUUCCCGAGCUCCAGCUACUGCAGUGCCCUUCUUAGACUCCCCAGAGAGCAAAGCGAACCAGAACCUCCAGCAGUCUGGAAAUAGCAAAGGAUCCUGCAGGUUUUAACAACUGGGGGCAGUUUGGUGCCUGGCUUACCUACAGCACAAUGAGAGAGGUUCAGUUAAAUAUUUUCUGUGAAACACUGAGCCAAACACUAGCAAAAUCUACCAUUUUUUUAGGGAGAGGGAAAAAAAAGAGAGGAAGUUUUCCUGGCAUUUGAACAUCUGCUUCAGGCAUUUGAAAAACUACAGCCAAGUGUUAAUUUAAACUUCCUUAUAACCCUGUUCAACGUUUGGAGUGCAAGUACUGUUAAUAGGAUGGGAACCAGGGUGGUGGUGGUUUGCUUACUAUAUUGGGAAACAAAGCCAGAACAAAACUAGCUUGAGAUAGAGUUUUUGUUUAUACUGCUGACCCAUCUGUCUUCAUUAAUGCACUAUUUACAGGAAAAGUUAAAAAAUUAGCUUCUGCUCCUUCUUCAAUUGCAACAGCAACAAAUAAAAGCGGAAUGGUUCAUUUGCCCUCAACUAAAAAUGGAAAUUCUUAUCAGCACCCCUUGGAAGAAGAGGUUUAUUAUAUGGAGUGUAUUAUUGUUGAAUAUUAGUGCUGGAACUAGGCAUUUUGGCCAGAGCUGUGUAUUUCUAGCACAGUCAAUGUCAGGAGUGAAGAAGUCAGAGAGGUGCCUAUAUUACAGAAAGCAAAAAGCAGCCACAAAACAUGACCCAUGUCUUACUCUAAACUCUUGCUUUGACAUCUAAGGGAGAAAUAAUGUGGGGUUUUUCUCCUGUAUUGGCCCACACAGGUGCAAUAUCCCUGGCUGUGCAAAGGAUCACAUUGAGGCUAAGCCUUGACAUGGCAUAGAAAUCACCCGGGCUGUUUCUGGCACUGAUACUGGAUAAAGAGAGGCAGCGCGGGAGGAUGCCCCUUUGUCUUACCUGCAAGUAAAGGGACAACACAUAUGCACUUGAAUUUCUAGAGUUUAAAUGCCUAAAUGGGAACAGAUGAAAACCACCCCAAAUGUGUCUACCCUGAAUGUUCUUCAGACAAAAUGAGGCAGGUUUGUGACAACCUGUUAUUAAGCCAGUUUAGCUGGCCAGGUCUGGUCACAUAUUUAGUUGGCACAGCUGUAACCCAGAGAGGACCUGAGUUUAUGGCCUAGCACCCCUGGAUAUUUGCUAGCGAAAACAGACUGUCAAACCUACUGCUGUGCAAAUAAACUUCUUUAAAAGCACCUUCUCAGUAAGAAGAAAAAGAUAAGUUUUGCAUUACAAGCCCACUGAAAUAGAGACAUCCAUUAAAAACUCAAACCCAAACUCUCUAUAAACCAUAAAGCCAGGAAUUUCAAAAGGGCAGGCAGGUUUAUCAGAGUUAUCAUCUCAUUUGCACAUCCCACUACAGGGGCAAGCUGAAAAUGUCAUUUGAAAAUGACCUUAGAACCCUGGGCACAUUUUAGGAACAAAUCUGGCCGCAUCUCCUUCAUCUCUUCAUCCCUGUCUUGCUCUUCUUCACCCCGCUAUCACUCUCCAUCUGCUUUCACUCAGGAAAAAUACACUUUUUGUCAGGCUACGUCUCUGCAAGCCAUUCCCUAGGGAGCAGGACUCGAGGCACCUAGCAUGUCUCUCCUCUCACAGAGGAGCAGCUUUGUGGGGAAAUGCGAGGCUGUUGAAAGCAGUAGAAGGAGCAGCUGUUAGAAUUACUGCUGCUUUUCCCAGAUAAAAGUGGAGGGAAACGUCCACAUUUUGAUACCCUUGUCAAGAAGAUGAAUAGUCGAAGGGGGUCCAGCUCUUCCUGCUGAGGUCUUGGAAACGUCUCCUGCAACAACUGAGUGCAUUUGCUUUCAGAAGCAUGCUAGUAAAUGCCAAUUUCCUCUCCUGCCUCUCACAGAGUCACUUCAGAUGUCAAUAAGAGCUGAAUUUGAGCUAGUGGUUAGCUGUGAGAAUUUCUGCCUCCAACCCCAACUCACCACACAGCAUUGCGGGCAAAACUUGUUACGAUAUGGCUGCAUUAUUCCAGCAAACCGAGUUACUUUUUAGAGCAGAUAAUGCCAGAAAAUACAGAAGAGCUUUGCUAACAUAUAUACUGCAGUAUAUCCAGCUCAGGGUAAAUGAGCUUAUGUUGGCAAUAGGAAGUUUGCUUACUUAUUUUCUGCUGUUGGAUACAUGCCCAAUGUGAUCCUGUUCAGAACACAAAUUAAUCGACCUCCUGCUCAGCAUUUCAAGGGCUUAGCAAGACCUUUGAAUGCAUUUUUUAAGUAAACAAAGGAAAUAUGAGGGAUAAAAGCAAUCAACAUGGCUGUAAUAAAGGAAAUCAUAUGAGAGGAAUGGAUUUCCGUGACAUAGAGCAAUGGUUCCUGAAAAGAAGGGUGAGGUUUUUUCCUAGCUCCAAAUACUACAUUUUCUGUGGUGGCGUGAGGUAUGGUCCAAAAAGAAAAUACAGCGUAUUUUAUUUUAAAUCAGCAGCUGAAGUACCAUUAAUUCAAUAUUUGCAUAACUGUAUCUCACAGGAGCUGCUGCUUGUCAUAUCUGCAGCGACUUUAGGAUGAGGGGAUGCUCAUCGCAGCACUAGAGCUCCCCAAACAAUGUCCUGCAGGUCUGUGUGGCUGAGACUAUCCAGGAUGUGAGCUUCAGAUGGUGUUGAAAAGAUGUGUGUCAAGUUAAGUGAGAAGGUUUAAAUACAGGGUGGUCUCUGAAAUCAAGUACAGUAGCUAACUAGCAACGUGGCUAAACAACAGUCCACCCACCCCCCCAGCUCUCAGGUUUAUGUUGGCUUUGCUGUAGCAACUCCUUAUCUUUCCAGAGAUUAGAGCAUUUUAGAUCAGUUGUUGUGAGAUUGGGUGGAAUCCAUUUCCUGAGCUGUCACCGCUGGCUAAUCAGGCGGAGUUGAAAUGCAAAGCUUUGGGAGAGUGGGAAAGCAAAACCUGUUAUCCUACAAUAGUGAACGUGCUCUGUUUGCUUUUAUCAUUACCAGAUUUUAGAUGCCUAGCUCAAGAUACUGAUACAGAGAAGCCUACAGCCUGAAACAUAAGCCAGCUGAACUGUGAGCAGAGCAGAUAUCUUACUGUAGGAAAAAUGAGCCCUUUUACCAUUUCUACAGGUACUGGUAGCUGGUAAAACUGUUCACCUGUUAUUGCUUACUGUGCUUGCUCUUCACCAGAUCUGCACUAUGAAAUCCCAACCUGAAUUUCCCCAUGGGUUAAAAUGGGAGUGGGGAUCCAUGGGAGACAGAGACACACAGUUAGGAGGCUAAAUGGGCUGAUCCAACUGUUGAAACAGUUUAAGUGAUUUGAUUUUGGCUUACAGUAGCUGGUUGCUGCUGAGAUAGACACAAAAUAGCAUGACAUCAUGCAAAUCCAACCUGCUAUAUAAAUUUUCACUUAUAGCUUUGUACCAAUUUUGAAGUCAUUCUUUCAAGGAAAGCAAGUUGCUUUCAAACACAGUUACUUUCCUUGCUGAACUCCCUCCUUUUCCCUUGGGAUUUCUCUAGCUCACAUCAUUUCUUGUUCUUCUGCACUCCUCUGCCAAUCGACAACUUACACCAGCUGCAAAUUUGGCCCAAUAAUAUUGAUUGCACGUCUUGUGCUUCCUCUGUCCACCCUAAUUAGUGCAUUAGAGAUAAGCAACAUGCCCUGAGGAGCGAGCUAAUGGCAGAGGGAGCAGGCCAUGCUUUGUGGGGCAUGCGGCCUUCCUGAUGGGGGCUGCCACACGCGUUCCUGCGUUCCUCCGUGACACUGUUCAGGGCACUGCAUGCAACGCUAAUGAGCUCCAGGACAGGCAAACGAUUUAGACAAGAGCCUCAGUGAGCUCCCCAGAGUUGCAUUAACCCCUGCUCUUACUGCAACGGAAAGGAGUAACUUUUAAGAUAGAGCAGUUGGCUAAGGCAGACCCUGGUGCACACUGUGGUUGGCCCGCACACGGGAAUGCAGCAGCCUUCGAGAGACUGGGUAGCCACUGGGAAGCAAUAGCACCUCUGUGAACAAAUGAAUUGCACCUCUAUAUCUGCUUUCAGCUGUUCUAGCAAUAACCGUCCCGCUUUUGCAUCAUUCUCUCAUUCUUGCAUCGUUCUUCUCGGGGAAGAAACCGAUGUCUUCACCACUGACACCAAUGUUGUCAACACUUCUGGCCUAAACCCUCCAGCCUAAAGUUAAUAAAAGGAAGGGUUAUCUGGCAAGCCUGGCCGACCUAGUUAUUAUCGCAAAUAUUUAUAUCGUAGAUUGGGAUUCAGGACUCCCAAGUCUUUGUCUGGCUCUGCUUCAUAUGUGCUCUGCAAACUUUUUCAAAGGCUUCAUUACUUUUGUGUUGUGUUUUGGAGAGCAAAAAUCUGUGACUCCAACGGCUUGGCUUUCAUUGGGACAGGAGACCUAAUUAGUUUGGCUUGAGUGGUGAGUGCUGAGCACUCUGCUGCAAACUCCUUUGCCUUGACUGGCCAAGGCACUGCAAGGCUUGCACUGGCGCAGGCUCACCUUAAUGGGCAGUGGGCUCCUUGCUUGCUGCCAUUGAAGCUAAAAGUGGAUGAGGAGCUAAGACAUGGAACAGGUCAAGCAAAAAGCAGUCUAACCGUCUGAGCCCUACACCAGUGUCCUAAAAAGCCACAUUACAAACCACAUUACAGCUCCAUCUCCCAGUUGUGAUAGGAUGCUAGGGUGCUGUGUGCCAGCUGGUGUUUCUGCAUGUGAUUUCUUAACAGCCUUACAAAAUGGAAGAAAGACUGCUACAGUUUUAUUUUUAAAAGCCAUCCUGCUUGCCAUUAUCAGUGAGGCUUUAUAUUUGAGUGAGCAGAAGCGGGUCAGAGUGGAUGACAGCAAUUUAAUCUGCUGUUGCUUUUCCAUAACUUCUUGUGCUAUCCUUGACCCUAAGCCAAUGCCCUUCCACUGCCAGCUGCAGGAAAGACGCAGUCUGUGGAGCUAACAAGUUUCUAAACAUGUGUCCCAGGUCUUCUACAAACUGUAACUGUGAUCUAUCCCCAUUUCAGACUUAUUUACGCAGCAUUCUUUACACUGGAUAGGAGGAAGGUGGUGAGGGAGCAGGAUGUUCCUACUCCCCCAGUGGAAACAUCCUUUCCCAGGAUGUGACAACACUCCAGUUUCCAGUGGACAUUUGACCUUUCACUCCUUGGCGCUGCCUGUGUAGCUGUUGUGUUGGGAACAACUGUCCUUGGGAUGCUUGGCUGACCUCCUGACUCAGAAAUGUGGAUGCAUGCAGGGGCAACACUUGGCAGAAUUAGAAAAUCCAUCCUCUGAGCCCCAGGAAGGGAUGCACAGGGUCAAGGUGUCACUGAAAAGACUCAAAACCUGCACUGGCCCUAGGGAUCAAGUGUGGACCUCAUCCAGAGCAUGCAGAGCACAAGGGGAGCCUCUCCGGCUGGAUGGCAGCCUGUGCUGGCUCUUAUCGGGGAGCCGAGGAAGGAAACAAGGCCAUGCUGCUGGGGAAAGGAAAAAUUUACCUCUCACAUGCUCAGAAAGCAAAUGCUAAGCUGAUGCUUAUCCUCACUUCUUUAAUAAGAGGUCAAAGCCUGGCAACUGCCUUGCUGGCUGGUUUUAAAAUGCACUCGUUUGGAAAUAGCUCCCUGGAUGCAGCAAACAGCAUUUCAGCCAGCUGAGAUUAAAGGAGCAUUCCCCUGUUCCCAGUUCCUGUUAUCGGUACAUUGUGUUAAGAGGGCUGAAAUAUCACAUCAUGUUUUUACGCGUGAUAAAGCAAAUUUUCACAAGCCACACCAGUGCCCGCUGACGGCACUGGGAGUGUCGUUCCCCUCUGCUGUGCAAGGCUCACCAGGGUAAGCUUGGCACGGGAGUGCAGGGAGACCUUUUGGAUGGGAUUAUGCAUGAAAAGUGAAGAAAGCUUUUUGUGAAGCUUCUUUACACGAUGGACUCAAGGGGAAAACGGGACGCCUCCUUCUUGCUGAGCUCUCUGCUUGUAGGAUGUUUCAGCUUGGUAAAUCCUCUGAUGUUUGCUAAAGGUUGAGCACACCCUGGAGUCUUGCAGUGGCAGCACCACUAAGGUCUCUCUGCUCUGCCCCACAGCCUUAGAGGUAGGAAAAUUGCACCCAAAUUCGUAUCACUCACCUGGUUGCUGUAUUCAGCUGCAGUUAGAAGCCCUAUUUCUUAAGAAACCAAAUUCCCAAAUAACUGCUGAGUACUUCUGUUUAUGGGAACUGCCUACUCAGAAGACUCUUGUAAAGGAAAACAGCUAGAAGGGUAAAUCGUUCUUGGUGGAGACCAUGCAUGCAGUGAGCCUUUGGCAAUGUGAAUUAUCCAAGGAAGAAACUGUCCCAGCUGGAGCCUCCGUGCAGUAAUCACCGUGCAAGUGCUCAGGGUCUUUAUCUUCUUGAGUAACUCAGGAUUCCUACACUUGCAAGUUUUUUGUGCUAGAAUAGAUGAGCAUUUUCUCCAAAGGAGUGCUUAUUCGGACGACUCCUGUCCCUGCUUGCUCCUGCCCCCAUGCUGGCCCUUGCUUUAUCAGGAUGCUCCUUUUUUGCCAGGUUAUUUUUCCUCCAGGCCAGUUUGACUGUCUGGCUUCAUAGCAUCCCUGUGCUGCAGCAAGGUGGCAGGAAAACACAAAGAAAGCGGGACAGUGGGACUGCUUCCAGGGAGGGUCUGGCUGAAAGUCUGGGGACUUUUUCUUCUCUCCACCUUGGUGAACAGUUAUUCAUACACGAAGUCUCAGUUUGGCACUCUUUUCUUCUUAAAAGCAGCCUGUUUUGGGGGUAUCGUUCAACUGCCAUGUAAAGGAGGGACGGACUGCAUUACUCUGUUACUGCUGGGGAGAACAACAUGUUCUUACGGCUCUUCUGUGGUUUGUAUAAGCCAUCCUAAAUAGUGGCUGGACACUUUUCCUGCACGUCCACCUCGCCUCCCACAACAACUUGCUAUUUUAUGCAGUAGCCAAGCUAAAAAAGGAAAGUUAUUAUCAUGCCAAAAAUGCGACUUCGAUAAAAUACGAGGGGAUAAGUCAGCAUAAGUGUGACUGGCUCGGGAUCCAAAGAGAAUAAUGUGAGAAGGAUAAUUUUACUUUCUUGCCUCUCACGCCUACCAAACGCCUGGAUACAACAAAGUGAAUUCCUAAAUUCAUGUAGUAAAUACCUAAGAAGAGCAAACCAGAUUUUUUGCUCUAUCACAAAGAAUGCUAGACAGUGAGAGCAGGAGUGAAACUAUAUCCUAAAAUAUGUCAUAUUUUCAGCCCGUAAUCCAUAGUUUAACAGUUUUAGAUGCAUUCAGAUCUGUGGUUUUAAUUGUUCUAAUUUGGAAAGCCACAUCACAUUUAAAGGGAGAGGAAAAUCCUUGGUAUGUUUUGGGGGUUAUCGUACACUCCCGUCACCUUGAAGGGAAUGCAUUGGGGUCCUCUGUCUGUGCAGUGUGAAGGUUAAGGCUAUAAAAAACUGCCUUUUUGGCAGUUUCCAAGCCUACAGGGCCCAGGACAAGUUUGAAAAGGAUCUUUUUUACAGGCUUUAUUCUCUAUGAUAGACAGUCUGUUGUACUUCUAUAUUAUAGUAGUAGUUUCACACUUCCUAGGAUAUCCAGAAUCAAUGCUUAAAGCCUGCUGAGCUGAAAGGCAGCCACCAAACAACCCUCCAUGAGUUUAUAACGUCCCUUGCAGUACACAAGCAGGAACAGGAGAGACUUUCUCUGCUACUUCUUCCCCCCAAACAUUUCACAGCUUGGCUGCAAAAAGAGGGGGAGGAAGGAAAUGUAGGUCAUGCAUCAGUCAGUUUUUGUGGAUCUCAUGUUUUGGUGUCUCCACAGAAGAUCCAAAAGUGCGAUAAAGCCAGAGCAGGAUUUGGGCAAUGCCAGGAUUCAGGUGUGGCUCUGGGCUUUGUGUGGCUGAGCUGAGAGGAUAUAUGCUCAGGGCUGAAAAGGAUGCAAAAUUUCACAGGUCUGGCAUAGGCAGGCCCAUGCGUUUCUGUCUCUGGAAAAAGCUCACUUUUAAAAAAGGAAAACCCUCUUUAUCUUAGAGCACCCAACAGCAAUACUGACUCAUAAGAUGCUGAUGUUAUUCCUUGAGGCUGUUAGCUCCCCCCAUGCACGUAGGAAUUUCCAGCCCACCUGACCUCUAUUGGAAAGUCUAUCUUUUAAAUAUGGCCACUAUAAACAUUCCAAAUUUUAAUGGGCAGAAUAUCUUCAAAGAAGUUACUCUGAUCUUCAGAAACAGUCAUGGUUUGAUAGAGGUUGUUUUGCCUAUCUGCAGCGGAAGUGGAGGAACGCGCAGUUUAUACUAAAAUAACGUGCACUUGUCCUAAUGACGGAGAAUUCUGAGCCUCAGCCAAGCCUUUUCACAUCAUUACAGUCUACUGCGGGCUGUGAAGGAAUUAUUUGCCUCUUCACACUUUUGAUCUUUGCAGAAAGGAGCGUGUGGCAUUUCCAGUCCAGAUGUUCACGAUGUUUCUCCUAGACCCGAUGGAGAAGUUUCUCCCUAAAUGGCUCCUGAGCCUCACGCCCAGAUUAGUAAUGAGUUCCUUGUAAAGGUAAAAAAUUAAACACUGAAGCAGCUCUGUCAAGGUCAUCUGAAAUCACAGAAAAGAAUUGUGAAUGGGAACAGUUGCCCUGAAGUGACAGCAGGCAAAAUGCAUCUCACAGGCACUUUGAAACCUCUUGAUUUGAGUGUCAGGAAGAUGUGGGUCCCAUAGGUGCACAGUGGAAACUGUGUUAGUGCUGCUUUAAAGAGACUUCAGGAGACAAGAAAUACAUUGUCCUGGGAUGCCGUAGCGUGUGGGACCUGCAGGUGAUGGGGAAGGUGAGGUUUCAAUAGCUCAUCUUUGAAGGUGGCUAAGCCUGUGGAGGCAACACUGUCCUCCCUGGGGCUCUUCUCUGUGACGCCCAUCCCUCUGCAAGGCUGCGGGCUGCGGAGCCAAUGCAAAGGGGUACUGGGGUUCUCACUGAGAUUUCAAAUUCCCAAGUUUUAGGUUAGAAACAUUUUAAUCAGAUUUGAAACAUUUUUAUCAGAUACAAUCAUUACAAGAGCAGAGGACCAUGGGUGUGGGUCCUGUGGUAGGAACUGUGAUUUUGCAGUAGCCCCAUGCAGUAACUCCAUGCAGGCCUCCAGAAACAUUUAAUUCCCUGGUGCCAGAAAUAUUUAAUUCCCUGGUGUGAAGGUUUGUGGGCAGGAUGGUGAGGAGCUGUGUAGCCUCUGGCAAUUCUAUGGAAACGAAAGCCACCUGGAGUCAGAGUCUAUAGGUCAAAUGAGCUAUUUAAGGGUCGGAUUCUUAAAUACAGCUCAACUUUCACAAACCCCUCCUUUACCAGUCCUUUAUAACCACAGCUGAGCAAAGGUGGAUUCAAUACACCUAAAUGAAUCUGAGUCUGGGGCUAAGGAGUCUGCGCUCGGUUUUAGGGCUAGAUGAGUCCCAGCCCUAGCAAGGCUGAUAGCAGCAAGUGCUAUAUACCCAAUAUUGACUUUUAUUCUCUAAUAACAUUUCCCCACUCCCAUCUCCCCUUUUUUUCACGUAGUUCCCUCUGUGUCCCUGUCUCUUGCCAGUUCGUUUUUCUUUGCAGGCUCUGCCGAGCAGGUCUGCAACCUAUCUUGAGCUGAACUUUUGUAUCACCAAAACCAGGUCCUCAGCAGCAGUAAUCCAGUGUUGUUGCAUUAACUUCACCAUGCUUGGCACAGAGACAUGUGUACGUUCCUAGACAAGUUGAUUGAAAACUCCUGCAGAUCUCUGUGGUUUUCCCUUUCGUGUUCCCAUGAAGGUUCUUGGCUAGGCAGAGGCUGUGUGGUGGUGUUCCCCCUUCUUAACAUAAAUGAGUGGAAGGUUUUCUUUUGGAGUCCUGCUACUUUCUUUUCAACAUCAAAAGCUUCAGCAGCAUCGUGGUACUGCUGGAAGGGCAACUUGCUGGCAGGCAGUGGGAAAACAAGCAGACAAGUUUACAAACAGCCACACUGGCACCAUGAGACCUUUGGGUCCAGUUAUUUACACUGAAGGCAGCAAGUGCCAGGGAGAGACCCAGCAUCAUCGUUAGGGUGCAAACCCAGGUUUCUACCAAGGUGGCUGCGGAAAUCCUGUUCUAUGCUGAAGAAAUGAUAAAAAAACCAAACAAA